AUGGCGGGUGCCAAGCGUAAGGUCGAGGCUUCUCAGGGAGCGACGCCUGCUGGCGCUGGCGCUACAUCCACAGGGAGCAUGACCCCCUCGGCUGACCCUCCCAUGGAGGAUAACUCCAACAUUCGUAUCACCAGGAGCGCUCGGGCUAGCCGAGACGCUCGUGCUCAUAAUAUGAACAUUCCGAGCACCCCAUCAUCUACUAACAAUACCACUCCCAACAAUCUCAAUAAUGGCCGUCCGUCACGCAUUAUAACGCUGAGCACCCGCACUGCUAGAGCCAAUAGUGCCCGUCAGGCUCAGGCCAACAGUGUCCGCGAAGCUCAAGCAAACAAUGCGCCCGUGGCCGAUACUGCUACCAGCACGGCCAACCCUCUCCGUGAGACUCGCACCUCUCGAGCACGCGCUGCUGCUGCGGCCGCAGCUGGUUCCACUGUGCCCUCUGCGCCCGCGGGCCCCCCUGCUCCAGCUCCAGCUGCGACAGACAGCGUAGCAUCGACGAAUAUUCCAGAGACCCCCCGGCACAAGCGCGUCAAACGAACUCCUACUGUUGAAGAGACGCCGAGGACGACGAGGCAGUCUGCAAGACUUAGGGGCAAUAUCCAACCCGUUAGUUCCACCGAGAAGACUUUCUCGAACUCUCAGGCUGAGUCCAAACAACCUGAUGGCAGCCCAUCCGCCGGCAUGGCUCCUGGUGGCCGGACACGGACACGGAGCAGACAGAUGGCCAGCAGUCUGAACCAGAAAACCGGCGACUCAACAAGAGUCACAUCCUCUCCCUCGAAAAAGAAUGUGGGACGAAAUGAAGAGAACAUCAGCCCUCUGGAUACAGUUGCUUCGCAGCUAUCCACAAGAGACCAAAUGUCUGAUCUGGUUGAUGAAAAACUAUCGAAGGACAACGGUCCUGAUAACGUCGAGAAUAAAAUGAACGGACCCUUGGACAUGGAAAGCGAGGAAAAGCACGAACCCGAGACUGUCCCACCAAAUUCACUAAAACGGAAGUCUCCAGAGCCUGAUGACGGCCGCGCUGGGGAGCCCACCCCCUCUUCUGGUUCCCCACGCAAGAAGCCGAAAGUGGAGAACCCGGAGCUGGACCGCGCGUUGGACCAGCAGUUACAGGAAGGCACCGUGAUCAACGUUGAUGACAAAGCAGCACUGCAGUCUCAGUCUCCUGGUGGCGUAGACGCUAUUUCUGCCGAGGGCGAGGUCGAAGCCUCCGAAAACGGUGCUCUCAAAGCCAGGGCUACUUCUGUUGCUGCCGACGCCGAUGUUCCUAAUGUUCAGGUUGCUGAAAUCUCCGCGUUAUCCGCUGCCAAUGCAAGCGAUAAGAGUCUUGAAAUUGCUGAUGCUGCGGACAAUGAUACCACUGCUGCUAGAGGAUCGGCGGCGGGUGAUGAGUCUCGUCAAAUCACAGAAGAAGUUGAAGAACAAGUUUCCGAAAAUGGCGUCGAAUUUACGGUCAGCAGUGGACGAGGCCGAGGUCGUGGCCGUGGGCGUGGAGGCGGUGGCAUGGGAGCCUCCACGCGCGGCGGGGGCGUGCAGAAAGGGAAAGGAAAAUCCAAAGGGCCAGGCAAAGGAAAGGGGAAGGGUAAAACUAGAAAACGAGGGCGCAAAGCGGAUGGCGAUAAUGACCAGGAUUCCGGGCCAGAACCCGAGCCUCUGCGUUCCCCUUCUCCGACUCCAGCCACACAGAAGAUGCGGGACCGCCAAAGGGAACUUGACAAGGCGUUCAAGAAGGUAGCGGCCGCCCAGCGACUGGCUUUGUCUGUGUUAGCCGAGCAUUCUCAGCGCAAACUUGCGCGGGAUAAGAACGCCCAUAAGAAAGUGCCGGAGUUUGACGAGGUCACACGGCAACUACAGGAGAGAUUAGAGAGGCACAGGGAGAUAUUGCGCCGAGAAUACGAAUAUAAGGUAGCAAAUGCGGACCGGGUUCUUGCUCUUGAGAAGGAGAAUCUAGAGAUACAAUUUCGGGUAAGUCCUUUUUGUUCGCAGUCCUCAGGGGAUCCGGAUGCUAAGCGCCAUAUCCUACAGAGGAAAGCGCGUGAAAUCCAACACGAACAUCUUCUUGCAAGUCAGGGGGCGUACAUGGCAUUUGUCGAGGGCCGUCGUGCUGCUGAGGAUGAUGAACACACUGAGACGGAUGAAUCCGAAACCGAGGCUGACCGUGGACGUAUUCGUCCGCCGGCCAGAGAUAUGAAGCGGGGAUACUAUUCAUCCUUUGUGCGCAACCCUGCUGGUGCUGCUCUAUACGAGCGUGCCCUGAAUGGCUGGGAGGAUUUUGUUCAGCGAGCCAAGCUGGGAGGCGACAUUGAGCCGCAGAUGAACGACAUGGAAGAAGCGGUGCCGUUCAAAGGUCUCUCAGCACAUGAUGUUCUUAACAUGAUCAUUGAAGCAACGGGAGUGGUUCAAACGCGAGGCGACGCUACGGCAGAGAGUAACAAGGUAUUCGCACCGGUACCUGAGUCGCGGGCUGAGGCUUUAUAUGCCCUGGCCGACGCUGCAACCGCUUCACCCUUGCCCUUGCCCAGAGCGGCCAUAACGCCGCGAACCCCAGCACACCGAGCUAUCCUCCCGCAACCUCCACAACAUCCUCAGCUUCCUGCAAUCCAGGCUCCCACUGAUCCGCGAGCCUUUGUGCUACCGCCUCCAAAUCCGCAGCGGCAGCAGCCGCGUAGGUUGCUGCCCGCUGGGCAACUACCGGACCCUUUUGCGGCCCGAAACGGCCCUCCCCAACUGCCCCCUCCUCCUGGUUCCAACUUUCAACGUCCUCCCCUGCCUGGCUUCCUAUCCGGACCUCCUCCUCCGCCCCUGUACUACACACACCCGCCUCCGCCGGGCCCUACGGGCCCGCCUCCACAGGGGCCCCGACCACCCUUCUAA